AUGACAAAAGACAGAAAAUUUCUGUUUGAAGCAGAAACGAUGAUGUACAUUUCGACCGAGAAGCUUUCUGGUAUGAUUAUCACUGAAUCCACGUAUGAGGUCUCCAGAAGUGAUUUGCUAAAAUACACACGACGCAAGAUUUCUUCUGGUUUGCUGCACAAGGAGCAUUACCUACUCAUCUAUCCUGAACGACGACUGAAGUACCCAGAAUGGAAGAUCAUCCGGUUCCGUUUGCACUAUGUCACAGUAAUGAAGCCAGGAGAGAUUACAUUUCCUGAGCAAUGGCAGGUUGGACUCCAAGGCAGAUGA